GACUUGCGAUUAUUGAGGAUUUUCACGCGUUGUAGUGAAUUCCAUUAUUCUUACUAGUUUUCUUUGAUGAGGUCCUAAAAAAAGCUCAAAAAUGACUAUAGUUUCUAAAAUGGAGGUGGACUCCGUAAAAGGAGAGGGCUUUAGACCCUACUACAUUACUAAGAUAGAAGAAUUGCAGUUAAUUGUGGCAGAGAAAUCUCAAAAUCUUCGACGUCUACAGGCUCAGCGUAAUGAACUGAAUGCCAAAGUCAGAAUGUUGCGAGAGGAACUCCAACUACUACAAGAGCAAGGCUCCUACGUCGGCGAGGUAGUCAAGCCGAUGGACAAGAAGAAGGUUCUCGUCAAAGUGCAUCCAGAAGGUAAAUUCGUGGUUGAUCUUGACAAAAAUGUGGACAUUAAUGAUGUUACAGCAAAUUGCCGCGUUGCACUACGCAAUGAAAGCUAUACACUGCACAAGAUCCUUCCUAACAAAGUAGAUCCAUUGGUUUCUCUCAUGAUGGUUGAAAAAGUUCCUGACUCUACAUACGAGAUGGUAGGUGGUUUAGAUAAGCAGAUUAAGGAGAUCAAAGAAGUAAUUGAGUUGCCUGUUAAGCAUCCUGAAUUGUUUGAUGCUUUGGGAAUAGCUCAACCUAAGGGAGUAUUACUGUAUGGCCCUCCUGGCACAGGGAAAACAUUGUUAGCUAGAGCUGUCGCUCAUCAUACUGAGUGCACCUUUAUUCGCGUAUCUGGUUCUGAAUUGGUUCAAAAAUUUAUUGGCGAAGGUAGUCGCAUGGUACGAGAACUCUUUGUAAUGGCUCGAGAGCAUGCUCCCUCUAUUAUAUUUAUGGAUGAAAUUGAUUCUAUCGGUUCCUCUCGUAUUGAGUCGGGCAGUGGAGGAGAUUCAGAGGUUCAAAGAACUAUGUUAGAGUUGUUGAAUCAACUUGAUGGUUUUGAAGCAACAAAGAAUAUUAAAGUCAUAAUGGCAACUAACAGAAUCGACAUUCUUGAUCCUGCAUUGUUGAGACCUGGUCGUAUCGAUAGGAAGAUUGAAUUCCCUCCACCAAAUGAAGAAGCUCGCUUAGACAUCCUAAAGAUCCACUCUCGGAAGAUGAACUUGACUAGAGGAAUCAAUCUCCGCAAGAUUGCAGAAUUGAUGCCUGGAGCUUCCGGUGCUGAAGUUAAGGGUGUAUGUACGGAAGCUGGAAUGUACGCAUUACGUGAGAGAAGGGUUCACGUUACUCAGGAAGACUUUGAAAUGGCAGUAGCUAAGGUUAUGCAAAAAGAUUCUGAGAAAAAUAUGUCUAUUAAGAAACUCUGGAAGUAAAAUAAUCAUUCUUUAUUUUUUAAUAUAAUAGCUUUGUCUUGUAAUAUGUAUUUUAGUUUUAUUUGUGUGAUUUAUCGAGGAUUAAUAUGAAAAAGAGAAAACUUACUCAUUACAAAUUUAUUUAAAAAUAUAAAAGAAUUAAAAGAUACCUUACAAACUAAAUUGUUUUAAAGAUCAAAAUACUUGCAUAUUUUUGUUUGUACAUUCUUUUUAUUCAACAUAUAAAAUCAAUCUCAUAUACAGUGGUGUAACAAUUUUUAAUAUAUUCAUUCAAUGUAUAAAAAUUUGAUUCAAAUAGUUUAAAUAUUAAUGGCACAUUUGUAAAAUAUGUGACUGUUUAUGAUUGCUUAAAAAAUAUUUAGAAGGUUAAGUGAUCAGAAUUAUGCGUUACAUAAUUAAUUCUCUUAACACUAUAAUUCUUAAUCUAGGUAUGUUAGGAGUUCUUUUUAAUGAAGUGAUCCUUAAAUAUGGAAUUAUUACAUUAUCAAUAACAGCAAUAUCAAAGAUUCCCCAACUCUAGUUAACAAAAUUUGUAACUAUAUUAAAUACAAUAAUUGGAAUAAUAGCAAGUUUAAUUGUUAUCAUUUAAUAAACAAUUUUCAACUAAAUUCACUUAUAAAUAAAUAAUAGAUAUUUGUUUAAGAAACUGCGUGACAUUGUUUGAUUGUAAAUGAAAAUUAAUUAUUUAACCUGCAUAAAAAUAUAUUUUUAAAACUGCUUAUUUAUGAAAGCAAUGCUAGACAGUUUCUUCCAUCAACCUGUUAUUUUUAAGAGAAAAAAAAAUUACAAUACUUACAUUAGUAUAGAUUAAUAAUUCAUUUCAAUCAAUAUUUAAAAAAAAUCCAUGUCAGUUAUAAAACUGUAGGUGGUUAAUUCAAUGCACACAAAACGGUAACAUUACUAAAAAACACAAUUACUCAAAUCAAUAAUUAUUACAUUAUGAAGCACAC